GACCUUUCCUGAACAAAACUUUGCAGUUAAAGUUCCAGUGGCGUGUCCACACUCGACACUUUACAGCCUAUACUAAAGACCACCCACUUCCUAGCCGAUUGCAUCUCUUCAAUUAUGAGCGAAGUCAAUGCAGGAAUUAUGAAGACGCUGUAUUUAUGGUAAGCAUCGUUAGGAAAACGAGGCUAUUGACAUUACACAGAUCUCCAGAGGAAUGACUGAAAAUAUUCAGGACUGACUCAUUCUCUCACUGGUGUGACAGAGAUUUGAGAAGAAAAUGUCAAGAAGGACUUGGAUCCAGGCCACCUUUUACAAGAGAGAAUGUGUUAAAUUUCUGCCAGCCUCACGUGAUCAUCACAGGUGUUACCCAGUGUGUCAAGUAUGCCAAAGCUUAGUAAGAUGUUGUUGUGGGAGGCUGAUCGGGGAGCAUGUGGGUCCCUACUCAGGCCUCUUGGGUCAUGGCCCUGACCCUGAUGCCUCUGGUGAGGAGGAGUGGUCUGUGGCGCGACACACCAGUGUCAGCCCCACUGAUGCUUUUGGAUCACUGGACUUCCAGGGCAGCACAAAGCGUACGUGCCGUGCCAAGUAUGUGCGUCUUUCCUGUGACACUCCACCAGAGCACCUUCUCCAGCUGAUGCUAAGAGAAUGGCACAUGGAGAUGCCCAAGUUGGUGAUCUCAGUGCACGGAGGGACAGAUAACUUCCCUCUGUCUCCACGGGUGUGCCAGGCCUUCAGCGCAGGGCUCAUCACAGCUGCAGAGAGCACCGGAGCAUGGAUAUUGACUGACGGAAUUAAUACGGGUGUAUCUAGGUAUGUCGGUGAUGCUGUGAAAGUAUAUGGUUCACAUGACCACAGGAAGAGGAAUGUUUUAGGAAUGACACCCUGGGGGAUCAUUGAGAAUAAUAUUGACCUUAUUGGCAGAGAUGUUUUGAGACACUACCAGGCUCUUGGUAAUCCUCUGAGUAAACGUGCCAGUCUCAACGGCAUGCAUUCACACUUCCUCUUAAUUGAUGAUGGGACUAUGGGUAAAUCAGGCUGUCAGAUAGACCUGAGGAAGAGACUGGAGAGGUACAUACAUUUGCAGAAGAUCCACCCCAGGUUGCCACAGCAUGUGCCUUUGGUGUGUGUUGUAGUAGAGGGAGGCCCUGCGAUCCUCUCUGUAGUCCUGGAUUAUGUGCGUAGAGCUUCUCCUGUGCCUGUGCUGGUGUUUGAGGGAACAGGCAGAGCAGCUGACCUCUUUGCCUUAGUACACAAACAGACAGCUGUAGAAAGAAAGUUAGAUUCUGAUAUUAAAGAGGAUUUCCUGUUGCGGAUUCAGGAGAUGUUUUGUGUGGAGAGACCAGAAGCCAUUGAGCUCUUCAACAUACUUAUGGAAUGCAUGGAAUACAGAGAGGCUAUCAGCAUUUUUGAUUCAGAAUCUGAGGACCUUCAGGAGGCAGAUGUUGCUAUUCUGACUACAUCACUGAGAGGUACCAGAUCCUCCCCUGAAGAGCAGCUUAAUAUAACAUUGGCCUGGGACAGAGCUGAUAUCGCAAAGGAACACAUUGUAGUGUAUGGACAACAGUGGCAGGUGGGAUCUCUUGAGCAGACCAUGCUGGAUGCGCUGGUGAUGGACCGUGUCAGUUUUGUGAAACUGCUGAUUGAGAACGGCAUGACCAUGAGCUGCUUCCUGACCAUCUCUCGUCUGGAACAGCUCUACAACAUACAAAAAAGCUCCCCAGAUCAUUUUCUAAGACACAUCAUUGAGGAUGCCAAAAAGACUCGCCUCCCUAUGAGUUAUAAGAUCUCUUUGAUUGAUGUUGGAAUGGUGAUUGAAUACCUGAUUGGUGGAGCUUAUCGAAGCACAUAUACACGGAAGAGCUUCAGAGCCAUGUACAGUCGCUUCCAUACCCCAGUGAAGGAGGGCGGUAAGGAGAGCUCCAGCCCCUUCAAAGCCAGGAAAGCAGCUCUGACUCCAGAGACCACCCCAUCUCGUUCCCAUUUCUACAGAACUGCUCAGCCCUAUAGACACAAGGAGGGUGCGGUAGUGCCUCAGGACCUGAAGUCAGCUCCCAGCUCAGAGUUUGUUUGCACUUUUAACGACCUGUUUGUGUGGGCAGUGCUAAAGCAUCGGCAAGAGAUGGCGCUGUUCCUGUGGCAGCAUGGAGAGCAGGCUAUGGCCAGGGCAGUGGUAGCUUGCAAGCUUUACCGCGCUAUGGCAGUGGAAGCCAAGGAGAGCAAUAUGGAUGACAGCACAGCCGAGGAGCUGAAGAAGAAUUCGCUAGAGUUUGGUGAGCUGGCUGUGGAUCUCCUGGACAAGGCCUUCAAAGAGAAUGAUCGCAUGGCAAUGAAGCUGCUGACUUGGGAGAUGAAGGACUGGAGUAACUUCACCUGUCUGCAGAUGGCCGUCUCCUCAAGACUCAGGCCCUUCGUGGCCCAUACUUGCACUCAGAUGCUCCUUACAGACCUGUGGAUGGGCCGUCUCAACAUGAGUAAGAACUCCUGGUUCAAGAUUAUUGCCAGUAUCAUGAUGCCUGUAGCCAUUCAGCUGUUAGAGUUUAAGAGUCAGGCAGAGAUGUCCCAUGUUCCUCAACCCCAAGAAGCAUUGCAGUUCGGAUGGGACCCAGGGAGCCCAGGGGCAUCAGAGCAAGAAGGGGCUACAAAUUCAAGUCAGGGUGAUGAGGAGAGAGGGAGCAAAUGUCUUCUUCCUUGGACCAAAAAGGUGUAUGAUUUCUACACCGCUCCAGUGGUCAAAUUCUGGUUUCACACAAUGGCAUUUCUGGGCUUUCUUAUGCUGUUCUCCUACACUGUGCUGGUGAGGAUGGAGGAGAAACCCAACAUUCAGGAGUGCUUAGUCAUAACUUACAUCUUGACUAUGGCAGCAGAGAAAGCUCGAGAGGUGUGGGUUUUGGAGCCCAGGAAGUUCAGUAAGAAACUGAAGGUGUGGUUCAGUGAGUACUGGAAUGUCAAUGACUUCAUGGGCAUCCUUCUGUUCCUGGUUGGGGUCUCCCUCCGGUGGUACCAAGAAACACGCUUAGCUGGCCACAUUGUCUACUCUUUGGAUUUUAUCUUCUGGUCUGUCAGGCUCCUGGACCUGUUUGCUGUCAAUCAGCAUGCGGGACCCUACCUGACCAUGAUCACCAAAAUGAUGAGCAACAUGUUCUACAUUGUGGUCAUAAUGGCAAUUGUGCUGGUUAGUUUUGGUACGUCCAGGAAGUCCAUCUUGUCACCUGAUGAGAAUCCAUCCUGGAGACUGCUCAGAGAUGUGGUCUUCCAGCCCUACUGGAUGAUUUUUGGAGAAGUGUAUGCCUCAGAGAUUGAUGCCUGUAGUAAUCCUGAAACUUGUGUCCCUGGAGCCUUCCUUACCCCCUUCCUGCAGGCAGUCUACCUUUUUGUUCAGUACAUUAUCAUGGUCAAUGUGCUCAUUGCCUUCUUCAACAAUGUUUAUAUUGACAUGAGCUCCAUCUCUCGUAAGCUAUGGAAAUACAACCGCUAUCGUUACAUCAUGACCUAUCAGGAGAAACCGUGGCUGCCGCCCCCUCUCAUCCUGCUCAGUCACAUGACCCUGUGUCUCAGCUCAAUUUGGCAUAGGCACAGAGGGGCGUCUAAACAUGGGAGAACUGGUCUCAAAUUACUGUUGGCCCCUGAUGAUCUGAAGAAGUUGCACGAGUUUGAAGAGAAAUGUGUUGCUGGAUAUUUCAGAGACAAAAAGGAGAGUCAACACAGUAGCCAGAUCAACAGGAUACGCUCUGUAGCCGACAAGGCUGAGGAGAUGGCUGGAGUAUUAGUUGAGGUUGCCGAGAAGGUUAAUAUAAUCCACGACAACAUGCGCACUUUAGACAAUCACUUGGGUCAAUUGCAGGACUUGUCCGCUUUGGCGGUGGACACUCUUAACUUCCUGUCCGCCUCAGACAAUCAGCAGCAAGAGGUGGCCCGCCUUGGUCAUUGCCACGAGCAAUUAUCCCAUAGCUGCUGCCUCCGCAUUGGUGGAAGUGUCGCACCCAGCCAGGCCCUUCCAUCCCCAAAAAACUACCGCAGCACUCCCCCUUCCCUUCUCCGUGGCUUGGGCCCCUGCAGGCAGCGACCUUCUCUGGAGGUGCCACCAGGAGCCAGUUCUGGACCCUUUGAGUUCAGGGGCAAGUCCAUGAUGGGAAACCCAGAGGAAGAAGAUGAUGGAUUUAGGUGGCCUCUUCAACAAAGUGAUUCAAGGGAAGGUGUAUCGAUAGACUGUCGCCUCUCACAUGGAUCUUUGCCUCACCUAUAUGUUGGAUGGAGGGACAAGGGAAUAUAUGGGUCAGAGGAACCAUCACGCACCAGUUCUCCCACCAUGGAGGAAGAGGAUGAUGAUGAGGAAGAUUUUCACAGGAUAUCCAGAGCCUCCAGUCACACAUUCCUGCUUUCUGACACCCAGAGAGAUGGAGAUCGAGCAGUGGGCAUUAGAAACCCAGCAUUCUGUAGACUUGAUGUUGGUGGGCCUUUUGCUCAAGCUCAAGGACUUUUAGGAAGGAAAUUUGCCUUUGACUUUGAGCAGAGCCGCUCGCUGUCUGCCAGUGUGGAGACUAUGGCCAUGCCUAACACAGCAACAUCAGAACAAACCGCUAGACAGACACUUUCUCCUCCCCACCAUAGCAAUGAGCAGAGAGGGUUAUCUAAGAUCUUUAAGAGGCAAAGGUCAUUUGGUAGAAAGUCUGUAAAGACUAGAUCAGGAACCUCUGAGAAUGUAAAACAAGAUGAAACACGAGGAUGCAUGCAUGAGUUUGACCCACGCAGGAAAGUGAAGAGAAAAGUAAAGGGCCUCCUUGAUCGGCGAUUCAGAACCUCUGUCAGUCUCACCCAACUGAAUGUUGAUCAAGUAGAUUUCACAAAAUUGGCCCCAUCAUGGCUGAACACAGUGAGUCCUGGUCAGUCACUGCUCAGCAGCUGGACCAGGUCUAUCAGUCAAAGACCCUCGGUAUGCAGUAUGACGCCAGAGGUAAGGAGCUCUACAUUCAAAUUUAAAGAAGAUUUAGGCCAGCACUACUCAGCAAUGGAAAGGAACAACCUAAUGAGACUGGCUCACUCUAUACCAUUUACCCCUGUGUCUUUGUUGGGUGGCGUUGAGGUCUGUAUUUAUACACUGGAGGAGACAGAAGUAGGGUCCUCACAUGGAGAUCAGUCCUCCAGCAUCUCCACCUGGCUUCAGCACGGGCGUACAGCUGUUCUGCAGCCGUUAGCUCACCAGGAGGUGCUGGAUGGAGGUCUGCGGAGGGCCACCAAGGUGGUGUGUACCUGGGCUGAGGGUGAUGUGUUGAAACUUGGCUCAGUGUAUGUGAUGAAGGCCUUCAGGCCAGAGGUGGUCCGCAUCUGGCAGAAAGUUUUCCCGAGCAGCACUUCCCUUCAUCUCUGUCUGCGGGAGAUCCAACAACAAAGAGCAGCACAGAAACUCAUGCAGAGAUUCAACCAAGUAAAACCCAGCAGUGUGCCCUACAGUUCCAGGUUUCUGGAUGUCUUCUUGUUGCACUGGCGCUCAGAUGGUCAGUGGUUGACUAUAGAGAAGAACAUGAGUGGUCAUUUCAGGAAAUACAACAAUAACACAGGAGAGGAGAUUUCGCCCUCUUCUGGCCUAGAGGAGACAAUGCUAGCUUUCUCUCACUGGACAUAUGAGUACACCAACAAAGAGCUGCUAGUGUUAGAUCUACAAGGGGUGGGAGUGGACCUCACAGACCCCUCGUUGAUCAGAGCUGAUGAUCAAAGCUCCUCUGGAGAGAUGGCGUUUGGACCUGCCAAUUUGGGUGAUUAUGCAAUCCAGAGCUUUGUUCUCAAGCACACCUGCAACUCCUGCUGUAAGAAGCUUGGUCUCUCAGAUUUGAGGAAGAGCAUCAGCCAGAGGAAAUCAGUUCCUGCCUUUGAUGUGGCGAGCAGCACAGUUUAACUUCUGACCUGCAAGUAAACUUCAUCAUGUCCGCAGAGAAUCUGCAAAGACUGUCCAACACACAGCUCAUUCUCCAGGAGAAAUUGUUUUUCACUUCUUACAGUAUUUCAUCCUUUUAUCCAUACUUGCAGUUUUUAGACUGAAUAUACAGUAUAUAUAAAGAAAGUAUAAAACGCAUAGAGCUGCUGUGAAAGGGUUAGUUCACCCAAAAUGAAAAUUCUCUUAUCAUUUACUCACCCUCAUGCCCAUACAAUAUACGUGAAUGGGUGCCAAAAAUUUGAAGCUCCUUGCACAAUGCAUCACUAGCUGAAAUAUUCUUCUAAAUAUCUUAAUUGGUGAUCUGCAGAAGAAAGAAAGUCAGACACACCUGGGAUAGCAUGAGGGUGAAUAAAUCAUGAGAGAAUUUUCAUUUUUGGGUGAACUAUUCCUUUAAGAGGACAGAACAUUACAUUUAUAUUUAUGUUAUUUGCUGCUAUUUUCUAAAGUGUCACAGUGCACUGAUCACAUUACUGGCAAGAAGUGAGUCAUGGGAAAAACGCCCUAAAUGCUACUUUACAAAUACAUUCAUAGCUAGAUAUGUCCCUGCAUAAGACAAUAUGUAUAUACAUAUAUAUAUUCCCUUUUAAGCUGAUUGAUAAGGGACAUUACUUCAUAAUUUCGAGAUCAGCCAUUGUAUUAUUGUUUUUUGCAUUUAAACCAUUUUUGUUGUUCUUUUAUUAGUUUGUUUAUUCUGUACCAAAAUAAAUGUUGAGGACAUAGUUUAGCAGAUGUAUGAAAUAUAUUUUGUCUUAGAUUCAAAGAGAAAUAAAUCAAAAUAGAAUAAUAUGCAAGGCCUU